UGUGUGCGCCGGCCGCCAAAAGAAACCGCGCCGGCUCCCCCGACUCGCCCGCCGUUCGCGCAUCGCCUUCGCUACGAGGCUCUUCUGUGGCGUUUCGCCGGUUCCUGUCGUGAUUAUUUGAUGUUCAAGGGAUUUAUUCAUUUGUGAGAAGUGAAAGUAGUAAUUGAAACGUAACAUCACUGACAAUAUUUCAGAGUAUAGGUUCGCCAUGGCAGGGAAACAAAAACAAACUGCACGGAGAUCGAGGAGCAACAUCAAUAAUUCCCAGUCUGCGGGGACCUCCCGGCUCUCCUGCCGUGCCCUGGCCGUGCCUGCCGUCGGAGCGGUGGCCGUAGCGGUGGCCGUGGCUCUCCUCUACCCCUCUCUCUGGGAGCCGGCCGGUGACCGGGCCGGCCCGGCGGCCGUCACCCAACAGGACCCGGCUGCCGGUGACCUCGGCCGGCCCGUGGCGCUGACUGCUGAGGAGCGACGGCUAGCUGACCAGCUGUACAAGCAGGAAGGCUUCAACGUGGUGGCCAGUGACAAGGUGCCGUUCGUGCGCCGACUGCCCGAUGUGCGGCCGCAGCUGUGCCGCGGUCGGACGUACGACGCCGACCUGCCUGCUGCCAGUAUCAUCAUCAACUUCCACAACGAGGUGUGGUCGGCACUGCUGCGAUCGGUCCACUCGGUGCUGGCCCGCACUCCGGCCCACCUGCUGUACGAGAUACUGCUCAUCGAUGACGCGAGCACCAAGCCGGAGCUGGGUGAGCCGCUGGAGCGGUACGUCUCCGAUCACCUGCCGUCCAAGGUGACGCUACACCGUCUGAAGGAGCGACACGGCCUGAUCAGAGGCCGACACUGGGGCGCCCAGCAGGCGUCCGGACCCGUGCUCAUCUUCCUGGACUCGCACGUGGAGCCCUGUGAUACCUGGAUCGAGCCUCUGCUGCAGCGGAUCAAAGACGAGCCUCACGCCCUGGUCUGUCCCGUGAUCGACAACAUCAGGGACACGGACCUAGCCUACCAGCCGGCCGAGCGAGUGUCCGGCGGGUUCGCCUGGUCCGGACACUUCGCCUGGAUCGAGGCCGGCGGAGCCGACGGAAAACUUCCCAGCGACGAGGCGGCUCCCGUCAGGUCUCCCGUGAUGUCUGGAGGUCUCUACGCCAUGAGCAGGGACUAUUUCUGGCACCUGGGAGGCUACGACACUGGAAUGGACGUCUACGGCGGAGAAAACCUCGAACUCUCGUUCAGGACGUGGCAGUGCGGCGGCGUGGUGGAGACUCUGCCCUGCUCCCGGGUCGGCCACAUAUUCCGCGACUUUCAUCCGUACUCGUUUCCGUUCAGCGGUAACCCUCUGGCGGCCAACAUGGCCCGUAUCGCCGCGGUUUGGAUGGACGAGUAUAGCCGCUACUUCUACCUGCACUACCGACAUACUGAGAUGCCCGAGGCCGGUGACGUCACGGCCCGUCGGGAGCUCCGGGAGCGGCUGCAGUGUCACUCCUUCCGCUGGUACCUGGAUAACGUCUACCCCAACAAGAUGCGUCUGGAUGAGGACGUGCUGGCGAGCGGCCAGGUGCGCUCUGCCCUGCGGCCGGACCUCUGUAUCGACACGCUGGUGAUCGACCGACAGAUCUUCCUCGGGCUGAACUCGUGCACCCAGCCGGUCGUCUCGGGACAGUACCUGACGCUCAGUAAGCGGGGCGAGCUGCGUCGCGAGGACAACUGCGCCUAUGCCGGCGGCGCCGGGCCCCACGCCGGCACCGUGACGGCUCCAAUGGCCCCGUGUACGAUCAAAGGGUCCGAGCAGCAACAGUGGAUCUACGACGGUCAGACUGCUCAGCUGCGCCACAAGGCCACCGGCCUGUGUCUGAACAGCUCCGGGGUGGAUGCCAUGCACCUUCUCUACCUGGCCACCUGCACGUCGGACGUCGGACAGAGGUUCACCUUUGAGAACGGACAGCUGUAGACGAGCGGUGUGCGGACGGACGGACCAGUAACGAUAGAGGUGGGAACGACGCGGAUGGAGGUAGUCCGUGGUCUGUCCGUGAGACGUGUGGUCUUUGGUCCUUGUGGGUCAUUGUCCUUGUGGCCAGAGGUCCGCAUGAGUUUCAGAUCCAUGUGGUCCCUUUCUCCAUGGUCCUUGGACCAAGCGGUUAAUUACCAGGGUAGUCCCAGGUCGGUUUGAUCCAGGUUCAUGUUGUCCAUGGCUCAUGCGAUCGUUGAUCCGUGUGGUCUAGAUAGAUCCAUGCGACCAGCGGCUAACCUGGCCCGUGGUUCUCGUGGUUCUCGUGAGUCCUGCGGUCCCACCCGUUGAUGAAUGUGGACCGCAGUGCCUUCCCCGCUCCUACGGAGUAUUCAGCUCCCAUGGGAUGCACUCUAAAUCAAAACGCAACCAGUCCCAUGGUGGCAUAUCAUUAGGGGGCUGUGCCGAUGAGAAGAUGCGGAUUUUACGAGCUUGAUAACGCUCAUUCCAGCGCAUUUAUUUAUUUAUAUCGGUUCCAAAUGGCAAUACCUCAGACUGCUACGCCUUGAGAAGAGUUAUUGCUUCGUUUUACUCAGUUGCCAGUCAAAUACGGUACAGAAGGCCGUCUUUUGUUUCUGUGCGCACUAGGAAGUAGAAUAUUUGCUUUCGUCAAGCUGUUGACGACUUUGUUCCUUACGCUUGCGAAACAACUACUGGUAAGCGAUGUGACCUUUAAUCUCAUUGGUAAAGAUCUGAAGCUUUCUUUUUUCGCACACUGCAAAUAAGUCACAAAAAUGUGGGCUUGUACUUUGUUCAUACGAGAUUCCCUUUUGUUACAAGCUUUAUUUAUCAGCAGUGGUAUGUCAAGGCUUUGUUUGAGAUUGGUAGGUACUAUGAGUCGCCGCUCAAUCAGAAAACAUGCUCCAUGUUUUCUUACCAAACGCAAGUGCCUUACCUUGGCGUGUUACCGAAUUAUUCCUGAAAGGGACGCAAUAUGUGAGUCAUAUCACAGAUCAGCAAGCCUUGCUUUGAGUGUUUAACAGGCCCGCAGUUUGCAUUUAGAAACACUAUGGCUAGUUCUAAACAAGUGUGAAGUGUCCUUGUUGUGUCCUUGCCGUCUAGCUCACUGUCUAUGUAGGACCAAGAGCUGCCGGUUCAAUGGCUGCUGCCGUUUCCAAUGGCUGUGUUGGAGCAGAUAUCCUGGGAAUUGAUAUCGCAUUUCCAUGAUACAAAACACGCUGUGCGCCGCAUCUAUCCACCGUCAAACGAUCAGAUGUAAGAUCAGCGCGCACACUAGACUGUGUUGUGGUGUUUGCUUUCCUCAAUGGGUGCUGUGCUGUCUGUUUGUGGUGUGGGUGCUGAAUUAAUAACUCACUUUUUACUCUCCAAGCAAAUAAUUUGCGUUUGAACGGACAGAAGCCACAGUAAAUCAAUAUUCAUACGGAUAGCUUCUACUGGCGUCGUUGUUGUGGUUUGCGAUUAUCUUCAUGUGUGUGCGUUUGUAUUUUCCUGGCGUAGUGCCGAGUUUGGAUGUGAUUCAAGCUGCGACCUCCACUGCCUCUACUGCGGGCCGUGGUGCCUUGGCGUUAUCCCCUGCCGCGAUAUAUCUGUGUUAGUAAAUUAUUAUUUAUUGCUAGACGCAUUUGUGUGAGACUAUGCGUGCCCAAACAGGGUUUUCGGCGGAUUCGCCGGGCGGCUAGCCAGCCGUGAUCAUACUUCGGGAGAGUGUGGGUCGUUUUGGUGAUGACCAGGGCAAAAAUAAUUUUGCUGAGGCUCAAUGUGGUAGAUGGUACCUUUUUUGUUACUUUGUGGUCUACUGUGAUUGCAUUUGGAUUUGUUUUGUAACUAUCAUGUCAAUAAACGCGUAUCAGGCGUA